AUGGAAGAGAUGUCAGGUGAGAGUGUGCUGAGUGCGGCAGUGCCAGCAGCGACAACUCGGACCACGUCUUUUAAAGGCUCAAAUCCCAGCUCCAAAUAUGUGAAGCUCAAUGUAGGUGGUGCGCUAUACUAUACCACCAUGCAGACACUAACUAAACAGGACACAAUGCUGAAAGCAAUGUUCAGUGGCAGGAUGGAGGUCCUGACUGACAGUGAAGGCUGGAUAUUGAUUGAUCGCUGUGACAGUCGUCGAGAGACUGAAGAGCUUCUUGCUGAGGCAAAAUAUUACCUUGUACAGGGCCUGGCAGAUGAAUGUACUGCUGCAUUACAGAACAAAGAAACUUACGAACCUCUUUGCAAAGUCCCACUGAUGACAUCUUCUAAAGAAGAACAAAGACUUAUUGCUACGUCAAAUAAACCUACCGUCAAAUUGCUGUAUAAUAGAAGCAACAACAAAUACUCUUAUACCAGCAAUUCCGAUGACAACAUGUUGAAAAAUAUUGAGUUGUUUGACAAGCUGUCUCUGAGGUUCAAUGGCCGGGUACUGUUCAUUAAAGAUGUGAUUGGAGACGAAAUAUGCUGCUGGUCAUUUUAUGGCCAGGGCCGGAAGAUUGCAGAAGUUUGCUGUACUUCUAUUGUCUAUGCCACGGAAAAGAAACAAACAAAGGUGGAGUUCCCAGAGGCUCGAAUUUAUGAGGAAACUUUGAACAUCCUUCUAUACGAGUCUCACGAUGGAAGGGGUCCAGACAAUGCCCUACUGGAAGCCACAGGUGGCGCUGCAGGGAGAUCCCAUCAUUUGGAUGAGGAUGAAGAGCGUAUUGACAGAGUACGACGAAUUCAUAUUAAGCGUCCUGAUGACCGCACACAUCACCAUCAGUGA